AUGAAGCAAUUGAAUUUACCAUAUAGGAAGUUAGUUGAUGAUUGUCGGACAAGGUGGAACUCAACAUAUGAAAUGUUGGCUGCUGCAAUCAAAUUCAAAGAUGCCUUCUCAAGGUUUGCUGAUCGGGAACCACAUUAUGAUAUUUGUCCAAGUGCAGAGGAUUGGACAAAAACAGAGAAAGUGUGCUCGGUAUUAGAGCUAUUUUGGACAGCUACGCACAUUGUUUCCGGAAGUGAUUAUCCUACUUCAAAUUUGUUCCUUAAUGAGGUGAGCAAAGUGAAAGUUUUGUUAGAUAAGAAGUCAUUAGAGAAUGAUAUAUUCAUUCAGGACAUAGUUGCAAGAAUGAAGAAGAAGUUUGACAAAUAUUGGGGAGAUACUAAUUUGCUGAUGUCUAUAGCAGUUGCUUUGGAUCCAAGGUACGAGUCAAUUGGAGAAGGGCAAAGAAACAAACUAUCGAAUCGAGAUCUUGCAAAUGUUGAAACUCAAAGUGGCUGGGCUGAGUAUGCUGAAUAUCUAAAAUCAGUGGAAUCUAUUCAGCCUCAAAAGUCUGAACUUGAUUUAUAUCUUAAGGAAAACUGUUAUAUAUUUGAGAAGGACAAGAAGAAUGGGAAAGACUUUGAUGUUCUGGAAUGGUGGAGAGUUCAUGCAUUGAAGUACAAGAUUUUAUCGAUAAUGACAAGAGAUAUUUUAGCUAUCCUGAUCACUAUUGUUGCUUUUGAGGCUACAUUUAGUGCGGGAAGUAGAGUAAUAGACAAAUAUCGUGCAUAA